UUUUUCAUCUGCAGAUCGUUGCAGGAUGACAUCACCAAGGCAGAGCAGACAGUCAAGGUCAUCACUGAGGAGAAUAAAGUCAAGAACCUGCAGCAGAACGGGGCAGUCUGUCAAAUCUGUCACAAAACUAAGUUUGCCGAUGGGGUGGGCCACUCCUGCAACUACUGCAAUCUUAAGUCAUGUGCCAGGUGCGGUGGGCGUGUCACUUUAAGAUCCAAUAAGCCAUCACCCGAUAAAGGCACCGGCAGAUCAGAGGUGUUAUGGGUGUGCAAACUUUGUCGAAAGAAGCAGGAAUACCUGACAAAGACAGGACAAUGGUAUCAUGGUGGGACAAAGACACCCCCUUCUACUCCAGGAGACAAACUCAAGCGAUUGGCCAUGUCAACAGAGUCUCUGUCUGCAGCCCUAUCAUCAGCACCAAGCACUCCUGGGGCAGGAGGACCUCCAAACACAACUUCGACGACUGCGGCAAGAGCCGGAACAAUGACGACAACAACGAGCCCUUCAUCGACGACAACGGUGACAACGACUACCAAGACAGUAUCACCAGCAUCAUCGACAUCAUCGAGCCUGAACCUUAGGGAUAGAGAAAGACUGAGUGAUAGCAAAGCGCCUUCCAUACGUGGACAACCGGGUAAAGACGGGACACCUCUAGGUGGAGGCCAGUCCAAGGGUCUGUCAAGAGGGGGUAGCCAACAUGCGCCUUUAACACGCCAGCUUUCAAAGGAUGAUGACUCUGUACCAGGCACCCCUAGACCAGUGCAUAGACCACAUGGUAGAGACAGCUUGAGACAUGUACAUGAUCGGGAUAUACCAGGGAAUAGAGGGUCAAGGCGUGAACCUCUCCAUGGCUCUAGCGGGGACUUGCAUCAUAGAGAUCAGGAUAGGCAUCGGGAUAGGGAUAGGGAUAGGUACCCUCGCAGGGACCGACCAGGCGACCGUGAUCGGUCAAUAAGUGGUGAUAGAUAUGGACCCAGACAGGCUGGGGAUCGUGCCAACUAUGCAGGAAGGGGAAAGCUUCCAGGGCCCGAACACGAGCCGGAUGGUCGCAAGUACCCCGAACCAGAUCAAUACAGAGAUCGUCGGGAACGUUACCCUGAGAAUGAUCGGUACCCUCCCAGAUACCAUGAAGGUGAUGGGCCAGGGAGGGGCUUUCCUCCGGAAGAACGAUUCUACUCGGAUGAUCAAGAGAGGGUUAGACAUUAUCACAAGGAGCCUGUGUCCAGGACCGCAAGUGGACGAUCCCUGGACCGUCAAAGACGGAUGUAUGAUGAUCCUCAGCAGGAGUUUCUGCAGGAUGUUUACUCUGACUCUUCUAGUGUUGUAGGUAAACGAGAUUCAAUCAAUAGAAUAGAAGGAAUGGAACCUCCUUCGGGUCCUAGUGAGAUCGAGCCUCAUAUAGAGAGGAGACCUCGUGAUCGUGAUAGGAGAGACCACAUAACUCAUACAGUGCCAUCGAAUGUUCGCGAGAAAGAGCGUAUCCCAAGUGACUUUGGGCCACCACCUGUGCAAUAUGGAAUGCAUCGAUCCUCGAACUAUGGUAAUUCUGCCGGGAAGCGAGGAAACCAUGGGCAUAGACACACAAACGCGGCGGAAGACAUCCCUGACGCGCGAACGCGGGAUUUAUACGGAGUGCGGACUGACGUGACGCCAAAGCAACAUCUAGACCCCAGUUCGGCGGCGGGGAAAGUGAGUGCAAAAGAUUCGCGCAAGACGGACUCCAUGAUACGCAAUGACUCUUUAAGUUCAGACCAAAGUGAGUGUGUGCGCCCGCCACCUCCUAAACCGCACAAAGGGAAAGGGAUGAGGAAGAGACGUGAUUACUCAUUGAGCAGUUCCGAGGAGGAAAUAAGAUCAACGCCAGACUAUACCAGCUGCGAUGAGGGGGAAAUAGAAAGCGGUAGCAUCAGUGAAAGAGGGUCAGGGGAGUUAGACAUCACAUCCAGUCCCGCUACAGCAGGAUCCAAUAACCAUCCAGGGCUUGCGUCGGGUCACGGGGUCAAGUCAUCCCCGACGGGGGCGACCGCGCCCUCCUCCUCCUCCCAUCACAUCCGACACCACUCGGAGUCGGAGAUAAACCUGGUGUCGUCCCCCAAGAAAAUUGUGCACUUUGGGCGUGGCGAGGCGGGGCACUCGCUGGAGGAGGACGACAGACAGAUCAAAGAUUCGGGGAUCGACACGUGUAGCAGCACCACGCUCAACGAGGAGCAUAACCUAGGGGCAAAGUACCCUGUAAAUUGGCAACCUGACAUGGAGAACAACGUCCUGAUUGGUCAGAUGGUUUUGAGGAAGAACCAAUCAGAGGCUUGCACACAUCAAGACUCCAGCGCCAUACUAGGGUUGAAGGUGAUUGGUGGAAAGAUGAAGGAGGCGGGGCGACUGGGGGCGUUUAUCUCUAAGGUUAAACGAGGUAGCAUCGCGGACACUGUGGGUCAUCUACGGGCAGGUGAUGAAGUUCUCUCAUGGAAUGGUCAUAAUCUUCAAGGGAAAGAUCUCAAUGAAGUUUAUAACAUCAUUUUUGAAUCCAAGAGUGAACCUCAGGUUGAGCUUGUGGUUGCAAGACCAAUGGGAAGUGAGAUACCUCCUUCUUCCAGGGAUAAGAUAGCCCAGUUCCAGUCUCCGAGACCAGACUCUAUCAUGAAGAGAAGCAGUCAAAGUGAGUUACAAUGUUCGAGUGGGUAUGAAUCCAACAAGCCAAAGGAAGAAGAAGAGCCGAUGCCGAUUGUUAGUAGGGUCAAGCGGCCCUCGGUGACCAUCACAAGCCCAGGAAGUCCUGGUCUACCAAGAAGGAACACAUCCCCUACUGCCUUGGGUGAAAUUCAGAUCAAACUUUGGUACGAUAGCAAUAAUUACUUGAUCAAUAUGACAGUCUUGACGAUGCAUGGGGCGCAACCAAGAGAUACGGGGGAUCUCCGCAACCCCUAUGUAAAGGUCUUCCUACUGCCAGAUAGAAGUGAGGAGACAAAACGACGGACCAAGACCAUUCAGAACACACUCAGCCCAAAAUGGAACCAAACCUUCACCUUUGGCCCCAUCAAGAGGUCAGAGUUCAGGGGUCGUGACCUGGAGGUCACCGUCUGGGAUUUUGAACAAUACGGUGCUAAAGAAUUCCUGGGACAGAUGAUACUUCCCCUAGAGGGAGCCCCGUUUGACGGCCAGUCGCACUGGUACUCCCUCUACCCUCACGGCAGCUCACGUAACCAGCCUUCCUCGCCACCCCAACAACCUCCGCCACAACCCAAGAAACAACUCCCGCUCACCACGAACAACAACGGCAACCCUGGCAUGCAUGACAUCAUCGGCAAGCGCAUGGCUCAGGAGAACGGCAGCAUGCGAGAACAACUCUCCCCCAGCUCAGGGGGUCGGAUCACCGACAGCGAUGUCUCCGACUUUGAUGAUGGACUGACCGGCCUAUCAGGUGGUACCACCACAGGGGCGGGGGACGUAGCUAGUAUCUCAUCAUUUGGCAGCAGCUGUAGCCCGCCCCCAGUCAGCGACCAGGAUGACAGGCCCUCUAGUCAAGAUACUGACUUUCCACGUAGUCAAGCCCCGCACAGGCGUGCUGGCAUAGUGACACCUCCAACUCAAGAGGACCUGACACCGAACGAAGAACCCAUGCCCAGCAAACAAAGACGCAACUCUCAGAGCACGCUUGCCGUUCCCGAGAGAGUGUCCCGGAGGCCACGAUCGCCGUCCCCCAUCAGGAAAGAGAGAACGAGAACGAGGCAUUCCGAACCAGCAAUAGAAUAUGGCAGACAACAUCGAGCACAGGACCUCCAGCAGGAGAGGGAUCGUGAUCAAGAUCGGGAUCGGGACCGACCUUUGGAUAGAGACCGGGAAAGGGACCGGAAUCACACCAGGGAGAGAGGACGGGAACGCGACCGCGAUCUUGACCGCGAACUCGACCGCGAGAGAGAGCGGGAUAUGUACUCAUACAGGGGCACAGAGGUUGAUAAUAUAAGGACUUCCCCAAAUUCAACAUCUUCCCGGGGUCAUGAACGUGAGUCCCCUCACCGCUUAGACCGUAGCUCGCCCCCACGUCGGGAGCGCGAGCACCGCUCAAGGACACUCUCCCCUCCUAACAUGUACGAAUACAGUGAGCCCCGGAGAUCCCGGUCGCCAAGCCGCCGGUCAGUCGAUACCUCGCAGUCGGACUCGUACCAGCGGCGUAGCAGGUCCGAGGUCCGAGGGGAGAUGGAGUACGACAGACAGUACAGAGGGCGCCACAUGCUUCCUCCUCCUACGUCGGGUCUAGAUUCCUCCAGUUUACCCAACUCUCCUAUCCACGCGGGACGUAACAGUCCUUCCUCUACCCCUUCAACGCCACGCAAGCAACAGCGAAGGCUACCCCAGAUACCCCCUUCAUCUAAAGCUGAUAAAGGCACUGCCGACAUCGAAGAGCGAGCCAGGCAGAUCAAGCUGAAGAUGAGCCAGUACAAGCAGGCCGCUUCCGCCAACACCCUCUCCCCUCACGGAAGCGGCGGGGGUAUUGGCGGUAGCGGUGGUGGAAGCCUAGAGAGGGGGUCCCACAUGGGGUCGCCAGGCCACGACAUGUCCCUCCCUUUCCAGCAUUCCUCGCACCGACGCAAGCAGAGCCCCGACAACAUCAGCAUCAAGUCCUCCGACAGCAACCUGUCGAGCACCAGCGACGUUUCGGCCGUAACAGCUGCGAGUACGGCGAGUGCCUUCUCAACGCAAUCGGAGCGCCCCCGGCCCACCAGAAAGUUCAGGUAGGCCGACCUUAAUUUACUUUUUUCUAUGCUUUAUUCCUUGAGUGACAGUCCAUAUGUCCAUGCUGUUUCAUGUGUGGUAAAUUCUCAAAAUUCAAGUCUUGACUCUAUGUUUGCAUAUUCUUAAAUAGGGGCCUGUUGCAUAAAACAUUACCAUUGUAACGAAUGCGAUUAAAUAAAGAGGAAAAGCUGAAACCAAUUAAAAAUUCCCAUACAGAUGGUGAGAAAAUGUCAUGACGUGGCCCACAUACGUGUAACAUUUAGAUGAAAAAAAAGAAAACCUUAUUCAUUUGAGAGUUGACAUGAUGAUGCAUGUUCACUGAUUGUAUGAUUUGUUAUCUGAGCGCUGAAGAUUUUUGUGUCAUAUGAUACGCCAUGUCUUAAUGAAUUUGAUCAAUAUCUGCAAGCCUUCUUGGAGAUUUAUAGGAAAUGCAGGAAACACAAAGAAAAGAGAUAUGCAAGAGACAUUCAAUUUGGUUAUGAGAUGAGAUAUCCAUGAAAUGUAUAUGACCAGAUAGAAAAUGAGAGAAAGUUAUAUUCUGUAUAUAAAGGGAGAGACAGAAAGAAAGU